CCCCGAACAAGCUUGUGACGGCCAACGAGCGCAGACCGCGAAGGGGUCGAGGCACGGCGAUGCAACCGGUAGAGUUCUCAUUGUCCUAGGUGCAGACCUAGACGCAGCCCUAGACCCGAUAGACUGACAAGCGGACGAUGGGACUUGGAGGUCUCUCUGGCGAUAGGAAGCCGUGGAGGUGUAUUGGUUUUAUGUGAUUCGCCAGCUUGGGUUUGCCGGUGAGGAUUCGACGGGCAUGGAGGGUGUCGUCGUUGUACCUAGGGUGGCUGUGUCUGUGUUGUGCGUUUCUGCAGCUGGUGCAUGCACUAAACGCCGAAGAUACCGACCGACGUGGUGUUUGGCUGCGGCAUGACAUUCGAGAGAGAGACGACACAGAGACUGGGGCCUGUUUUCAUGAUAGGUAGGGCAUCUUCGCAAGAUGUCACGGUGGCAGUGACGCUCUUCUUCUGAUUGAGGAAAAGUUUGGACGAGGCGAUGAAGAGGAUGAAGAGGAUGAUGAUGAGGCGCCUUGGGAUUUGGGAAGCUCGACGCAGCAAGGGUCUCGAGUGUCUCCUUCCUGCCUUACCAAGCUCCUUCCUUUCCAUCCGCGCUCUUUCCGUGUCACACAUGAAGGUACUUGCCAGUCCCGCCCCCUCCCGGUCCCUUCCUUUCCCUGGCCGUCCCCGUCCGUUUCCCGUCGUUCCUUCCAAAACUUCAAGUAAUCCAAUAGAAAUGGAAAUGGAAAUGGAAGUCGCA